AUGGUGGGUGGUGCAACGUUGCAUCCGACUGCGGGUGACAUCACGCAACGUGUCGUUGGUUGGGAAAAUCAAAUGUUGCAACGACACGAUGCGAUGGAAGAGGAAAAGCAGAAAUACGAAGCCGGGAUUGUGAACGGAUACGACUAUGAUUUUGUUCGAAAAAUCCUUCGCAAACACGCCCGAAAAAAGCAUAGAAGUGAUACAACUACCUUCAGACCGGAAAAAGAAGAAUCUUACAGAGUUAGUCUACCAUUUCAUCCGAAACUAACUAAUGGUAUAAGUAAGAUUCUUCUAAAACACGGAUUAAAAACUGCGUACAAAAGUGGGAAUACUUUGAAGGAUCGGCUAGUUUCACUCAAAGAUAGGAUUCCAGAAGAGGAAAGAUCUGGAAUUUACGAAAUUCCAUGUAAGAGUUGUCCAUCGAUUUACAUCGGCCAAACCCGCCGUAAAUUUAAAGUGCGGCUCAAAGAGCAUAAGAAUGCCGUUGAAAACAAAAGGAUCAAUGAAUCGAGCGUGGCCGCCCACACAACAGAAUUUGACCAUUCCAUUGACUGGGAAAAGGUCAAAUUUAAAAAAUGCGUACGCAAACCUGGACACCUUAACGCUUGGGAGUCUAUGUUCAUCAGCACGGCCGAGAAACCGUUGAUGAACGAAGACGACCCGCCGAUUAUAUCUCCGCUUUUCAACCUGAUCAACCAAAAGUUCGCAUGA